CCUCGGGGCCUUGUUGCUGCAGACUCUCACCCCAGACACUCACUGCACCGGAGUGAGUGUGACCAUCAUGUCCAUGUUGGUGGUCUUCCUCUCGCUCUGGGGUAUCUCCCUGGGCCCAGUGACAGAAGCAGCCACAUUUUUUGAGACCCAGCCCCUCCUGUGGGCAGAGUCCGAAUCGCUGCUGGAACCCUCGGCUGAGGUAACGCUGACAUGCCAGGCCCGCCUGGGGACUGUAGACUUCCAGCUGUUCAAGAACGGGGUGGUCCAGGAGACCGUGCACCUUGAUGCACCUGCCAUCAAGCACCAGUUCCUGCUGACGGGUGACACCCGGGGUCGGUACCGCUGCCGCUCAGGCUUGUCUGAAAGUUGGACCCAGCUGAGCGAGCUCCUGGAGCUGACAGGGCCAAAGUCCUUGCCUCUGCCCUGGCUCUCAGUGAAGCCAGUGUCCUGGAUCACACCUGGCCUGAACACAACAGCGGUGUGCCGAGGCGGGCUGCGGGGUGUGACUUUUCUGCUGAGGCGGGAAGGCGACCAUGAGUUUCUGGAGAUGCCUGAGGCCCAGAAGGAUGCGGAGGCCACCUUUCCUGUCCACCGGGCUGGCAACUACAGCUGCAGCUACCAGACUCAUGUGGCAGGCGCCCCCUCGGAGCCCAGUGAUACUGUGACCAUUAAGGAGCUUGCUGCACCACCACCACCUGUGCUGAGGCUGGAUAGAGAGUCCACCCAGGUCCUGCGCCCUGGCAGCAAGGUGACCUUCACCUGCGUGGCUCCCCUGAGUGGAGUGCAGUUCCAGCUGCGGCGCGGGGAGAAAGAGCUGCUGGUACCCAGGAGCAGCACCAGCCCAGACCGCAUCUUCUUUCACCUGAACAAGGUGGCCCUGGGGGAUGGAGGUCACUACACCUGCCGCUACCAGCUGCAUGACAACCAAAAUGGCUGGUCUGGGGACAGCGAGCCGGUGGAGCUGAUUCUGAGUAAUGAGAAGCUGCCGGCGCCGGUGUUCACCGCGGAGCCCUCGAGUCCGAAUCCGGAGCCCGGCACGCGCGUGCGGCUGCGGUGCCUGGCACCCCUGGAGGGCGCGCGCUUUGCCCUAGUGCGCGAGGACAGGGGCGGGCGCCGCGUGCACCGUUUCCAGAGCCCCGCUGGGACCGAGGCCCACUUCGAACUGCGCAACAUUUCGGUGGCCGACUCCGCCAACUACAGCUGCGUGUACGUGGACCUGGAGCCACCUUUCAGCGGCUCCGCGCCCAGCGCGCUCUUGGAGCUGCGUGUGGACGGGCCCCCGCCCAGGCCUCAGCUCCGGGCCACGUGGAGUGGGGCGGUGCUCGCGGGCCGAGACGCCGUCCUGCGCUGCGAGGGAACCAUCCCCGACGUCACCUUCGAGCUGCUGCGCGAGGGCGAGCCGAUGGCGGUGAAGACGGUCCACACCCGCGAGGCCUCGGCAAACCUCGCGCUGAUCUUCCUGGGGCCCCAGCACGCGGGCAGCUACAGGUGCCGCUACCGUUCCUCGUGGCCCAACACCUUCGAAUCGGAGCUCAGCGACCCCGUGGAGCUCCUGGUGACAGAAAGUUGAUGCAGCCACGGGCUGAGAGUACCGUUGGUGUCCUCGGAACUGCCAGGGAUUCUGGACGGGCUCCCACCCUUCCUGUUGCAGCAGAAGGCUGGGCUCCCUGGGGGGCUGGAGGGCGCUCCCUCAUUCCUCCCAGGAAUUAAUAAAUGUGAAGAGAGACUUUGUUUAAAA